GCUUUAAAGGAUUGUCAGCUUGACGAUAUAUACAUACAUACGACCCCACCUCCCCAAUCACAACUCCUUGCUCUGGAGACCUCACUGUCAUUAAUCCCAAAAUGCCUUCCGCUACUGAUCCAAAAGACUUGAAGCUGUUGCUUAACCCAGCGCGUCGAAAAGCACUCACGAGCCUUAUCGCAGCUAUCGUCUCACACAUGCGAACUAGGAUUGAGCAAUCCUUCGAUUCUUCUCCUCAGGUAGAACCAGCGCCUCUCUUUGUCGAGUCAACAUUCUCACGCGACUUAUCUCCCUCUCCAUCCCCCCAACCUUCGGAUUCCGAGAAGCGGCUGGAAGCGAGACUGGAGAAGAAUCUGUCAAAUUCCGGCUUACAUGAUCUGAAGAAGAAUGCCCUGUUCUACUUCGAUGCUUGGGCAGCUGAAGUAAGAGGCCAAUACAGGAAAACCUGUGAUGGUCCUGAGGAUCCACGAUCAGACCAGAGGCGGAAAGAGUGGAUGGCAGCGAGAACUCCUGCACCACCACCUUACUCGGCCACACCAACGGAUGUGAAAGAUGUCGCAGCGGAAGUCGAGGCUGAGGCAAGAGAAGUACAGGAGGCGAAAGAUGUCUCUACACUGCAGUCCCUAUACCAUCCCAUUCCGACUCGUCUUACUACUAUUCCCAAAGAGGAUCGUGUGUGUGUAAUAAGUUGCAUGGUCCUAUUACUUCUCAGCUUAGGCCAUUAUUCUGCUCAUUCCAGAGUUCUGCUCUGCUACCUCACAUCAGCUUUUGCUAUUCCACUGGAAGUCCUAACCAAGGAGGAGACCGACAUAGCCAAGACACUUAUCCUGGCAUCAAAAGCUCUCACAGCUGAUGCUGAGACAAAGAAGCGUCAAGCUGAAAAUGCAUCUUCCAGGAGAUGGAAAGUAGGCUUGGCUUCUGUAACCGGUGCAGCUGUUAUUGGUCUCACCGGAGGCCUAGCAGCACCUGUCGUUGCAGGAGCAAUUGGCGGUCUUAUGGGCGGAGUUGGUCUAGGUGGGCUGGCCUCCUUUCUGGGAAUAUUUGCCAUGAACGGGGCACUAGUUGGAAGUCUGUUCGGAGCAUUUGGUGGCAAGAUGACUGGAGAGAUGGUCGACACAUACGCGAAAGAAGUUUCGGACUUCAAAUUUCUCCCAAUCGCAUCUGAAUGGGGCGAAUUUGGUACAAAAGAAGAAGCUGAAGCUGACGCAAGGAGGCUGCGUGUAACUAUUGGCAUCAAUGGCUGGCUGAACACCCAAGAUGAUGUUGUCAAACCUUGGAGAGUUCUAGGACAAGACAGUGAAGUAUUUGCUUUGCGAUACGAAAUGGAUGCCCUGUUGUCCCUGGGAUUAUCUUUGCAGAAUAUGGUGUCGUCUUACGCAUGGUCGUAUGUCAAGCUUGAGAUCUUAAAGCGGACUGUUCUUGCAACCCUCUGGUCUGCAAUCUGGCCAGUUUACCUUCUGAAAAUGGCAACAAGUAUCGACAAUCCAUUCGCUAUUGCAAGAAACCGUAGCGAGAAAGCUGGUCGAGUAUUGGCUGACGCCUUGAUAAACAGAGCUCAGGGUGAGCGCCCAGUAACACUCAUUGGAUAUUCAUUAGGUUCCAGGGUUAUAUACUCCUGUUUGAAGUCUCUCGCAGAACGCCAAGCAUUUGGACUAGUCGAAAAUGUUAUUUUUAUCGGAUCACCUAUUCCUUCGAACAGCAACAAUUGGCGAGUGAUGCGCAGCGUCGUUUCCGGGAAGAUGUUCAAUAUUUAUUCAGAGAACGAUUAUAUCCUAGCGUUCCUCUAUCGGGCUACGAGUAUCCAGUUUGGCGUGGCUGGCUUGCAGGAAAUUGGUGAUGUUGAAGGCAUUGAGAACAUGAACUUAAGCAAGGAGGUUUCUGGACACUUGCGUUACCCAGAGCUUAUUGGGAAGAUCAUGAAGCGAACUGGGAUUGAGCAUGUUUUGAUUGAGGGAACCGAGAUCGAAAGUGACAGUACAGAGAUUCAAUUACUGGAUGUGGAAAAUCCGGAUACGAUUGAACAGAAAGAUACGAAGAGUCCGCAUCAGAUGGACCUGUUAGGUUUGAUGGACACACCGUUAUCCGAACUUGAAGGGGAUAAUGGCAUGGGUGACUUAACAAGGAGUAUGGGUGGCUUGGACAUGUCCUCCGAGAUUUCUGCUCCAGGACCGUCCUUUCCUACUUUCAGCAUGAAUUCUCAGCCUCUUCGUCCUGAUGGAGCCCAUCGAAGCAUGUCAGACCCGUCCACACAACUAGGUCAUCCGACUCCACCUGGCCUACAAAGUCGGUCAACCGAUACCGACAUUCUGAAUAUUACUCAAAGUCUAAACAGCGUUCACGUCUCCGAUCCGCCAUCCUAUUCUCGCAAUCCAGCACCAAAGCAAGAUAUUGGUCAAUAUGAUUCUGAUUCUGACGAUGGCGGGAUUCUGAUGGUGGACAAUGCCUCUGAUGGGGAUCUUGCAUAUGUGCCCAGUGUUCCCAUGUCAGAUGACUGGAAUCCUGAUCCUAGAGACACGGGCAAAGUACCUGCAUUUGAAGAGCAAAAGAGCCUCGGAUCUUUUCCUCGGCAUAAGGAACCUGGGAGUCAGGGAUCCAGAACCAGUGGUUCGAGCGGGACUGGAAGUAGAAGUGAGCCAGGUGGGGAGCGGAUAGGUAGUGGAAAUGGACAAGGUCGAGUGUCGGCAGCUGAUCUUGGUCUUUACUAAGUGUAUUCGAGACGACGGAUCCGGGGAAGCGGCCGUUUGAAAGAGAGUUCGGUUUCUUCUCAAGCCAAAAAAAUGACACUUCUAGGGUUGUUGUUUUAAACACCCGGUUUCAGAAGCUUUCCAAGUGUAGUGGCGAGCGGCGGACAGCUUCAGUCUACUGAUUGUGGCGAACUAUGAGCUGCAUUUUGGUAUAUGUGCAAAAAGUCGGACUUCUUUUGGAACCUCUGGAGCCUGGAAAAAAUAACCUUCCAGAAGAUGAUCUGCCUUGAGGAGAACUACGAAAUAGAAGCAUGAACGCAGACAGAGUUCGAAAAGUGUGUU